AUGGCGCAUCUCAAGUUCCGGCCGGACCCGGCCUACCAGAAGUAUGCGGCCAUGUCCAAGAACCGCCACCACUACUUCCGCUUCACGCCGCGCACUGCCCGCAUCACCUUCAUCUACGUGGCUGUCAUCCCCGCCCUUCUCGGCGUUGUUGCCUACCAGACCGACGGACUCUAUGCUUUGAGGGCAAAGCGGAGGGGCGACACUGUCUACGAGAAAUAA